AUGAGUGGGGAGAAGGGGGGAGCCUUAGGGAUAUUGGUCGCCAAGUCCCUGGGCACCGUUGGCCAUGGACGAUCUCAACCAGCAGGACCGGAUCUGGGUCUCACAGAAGUCGAACAGACCGUCUUCAAGGCGCAGUCAAGGGUGUCGAUUGAUCAAACCGACGUCCUUAUGGGAGGAUUGCUGCAACCUUUUUUAGGUAGCAAGACGCACAGGAAAGGAACCGUCCAGUGUGAAGCGGGAACCGACCGCCCCGGACUUGCAGAUGAAAUGCGCCCAGGAACGGCGGCCGAAGUGGGAUCACCGGAGAAGGAGGGAUGGACCAUCUGCCAUCGUCCACCUUCCGAACUAGUUCCAGUAGCGUUCACUAGUUGCGGGUCUAGAGUCCGUCGCGAUAGUCAAGAGUCAGUUCUCAGGGGCAUGCAUCCAAGUUCCUGCAGGUUCAAUCUUCCAGCUUGCGAGUUCGGUCUCCCUUUUUCUCCCCCUAACCCACAUCAAACUAUCUACGUCUUUAUUCUUUCCGUUCAAUAUGUGGAUGCUGACAGCUUGCAUGGUUCCAUUGGGGAGGGUCCUGCUAUUAUUCCCAGUCCCAGUCAAUUGACUGCCAUCAAGUGGAGCCAGUUACUCCGUACUUCCUCAGUUCCUACUGGAUCGAUCUUCCGUGACCCAUCGCAAAGCUCCAUCGCACCCAAGGUAGGGCAGCGACCGAAUUUGUCAGUAUGCUGGAGAUGGAUCAAGUUGGAUCAAGGAUGGCUUCUGCGAUCAGGCCAGCUUGGGGGCUUCUGCAUCAAUUUUCACCACGCAUCUUUUUUCUUCCCUCGUUGCCGGAGAUUUACUCAUACUGCUGACUGCAUCUACAGUCUCCAUAUCCAGUCACAUACAUACAGGAUGGUGGUCAUGCCCACCUUCCGGGUUUCGGAGCUGGGGCAUUCUGUCGCCCGAAUGCAAUCCUCGCAAUGUGAUACAUCGCCGUUUCCUGGCGGUUCUAGUGCCGCCAGGCACUUGAUACACCGGCGUUCAGGGACGAUCAUCUACGGGGAUGGCAUGGCUCUCAUGUUUCAUCAGCCAGCCAGCCAGCAGAUAGACUAG